AUGCGUUAUCAGUUACGAUAGUAUAUACCUUUUAAUGACUUCAUCAAAGAAUCGCGCAUGUCCAUUAGGACCUGUCACACUCAAGAAGGCGAUUGAAAUAGCACUUACAAAGAACAGUCAAUACCUGUAGUGUAAAGGGUGUUUUCUGAUACCAAAUAUCACCCUGUGUAGAAGCAGACAUUAAUUAAGCCUAUCGUCAGACUUUUAUCCAGUCCCAAAAAUGGAGAUGCUUGCGUAUAUUCUUCAUCGUUGUUUUGAUUUGCAAACAAUCGGGAUUUUUACCACAGUUUUUCUUUUAUUUGUGUACCUUUUGUUGUCAAGGGGUAAGUUACCCCCCGGUCCACCGGGCUAUCCCAUAAUUGGUAAUUUAUUGUUAAUGAUGUCAAUUAAACCGGGCACGAGAUAUAACUUUUAUCGACGUCUCACCGAGAAAUAUGGAAAUAUAUGUCGUAUUCGAUUUGGCCACAGAAAUAUGUUUAUUUUGAGUGGUUAUGAUACAGUUCAUGAGGCUUUGGUAACAUUCGGUAAUGUAUUCGGGAAUCGACCCAACUGGCUGCACACUAUUAAGAUGGCCACCAAGAAUGGGAGAGGCGUUAUAUUUGCCAACGGUAAAGAAUGGGAGGCACUAAGAAGAAUGUCGUUAAUUACUUUGAGGGGUUUUGGUGUAGGUAAACAGACAAUAGAAGAGAGAAUAAAGGACGAAGUUAAAGCUAUUAUUGAUGUUUUAGAAGAGACGAGUCGCCAACCUUUCCAUAUUAAAUACUAUUUAAGUCGCGCUAUUACUAAUAUAACAUGUAGUAUUUUAUUCGGACAUAGAUUUGAUUAUGACGACCCCAAGUUUAAAGAACUUUUAGAUGCAUUAGAAAUAUAUUUUAAAAUGGAAAACACGUCAUCUCCAAUCAAUGCACUACCAUGGUUGAGAUAUUUACCUACAAAAAGACAGGACGUUUCUACAAUAAUGGCACCUAUCAAGGUAUGGAGUGAAUUUACAGUCGAUCAAGUUGAAAAACAUAAAGAAACCUUUGAUACCAAUAAUAUAAGAGAUUUUAUAGAUGUUUAUCUACAAACAAAAAACUCCCUUGAAGAAGAUGAAGAUAUAAUUACAGUUGGAAAUAUAUUUCGAAUGAUUCUAGAUCUCUUUGGUGCUGGGACAGAAACAACAGCUACGUCAUUAGAUUGGGUGUUCUUGUAUAUGAUUGGUUAUCCCGAGAUACAGAGAAAGUGCCAGGAAGAGAUUGCCAAAGUGGUAGGAAAUGGUUGCAGUGUAUCUCUAGCUGACAGGCGUAAACUGCCCUACGUUCAUGCAACCUUAAAUGAAAUUCAGCGGAUUUGUAACGUUGCACCGACUACAAUUCCUCAUGGUUUAACGGAGGAUGUCAUAUUUCAAGGCUAUUCAUUACCUAAACACUCUAUUGUUAUUAUUGAUCUAAUGUCUGUCCAUAAAGAUCCCAAAUACUGGCAAGAUCCUCAUUUAUUUAAACCAGAGAGAUUUCUGGACCACAAUGGACACCUAAUUUGUAGAAAGGCUUUUAUGCCAUUUUCUGAAGGACCACGGAAAUGUUUGGGUGAAAGUCUGGCCAGAAGUGAACUCUUCCUAAUUUUCAGUAAUCUACUACAAGUGUAUGAUUUUACACGAGUCAAUGGAAAUGAAGUUAAUUUCCAUGGAUUCCAUGGAAAAACAUUAUCUCCAAAACCUUAUGAACUGAACAUUGUAUCAAGAUAGGAUAAUGGAUAGGCCUAUGAACUUUUUUUCUUUUCUGACAGAUUAGCUCACCGUUGAACUUACCUACCAGAAUGGGAUUUUGUGAAUUGUAUAUAAGAAUGCAAAAGUUUGUUAGUAGUGAGAAGAGAUAUCAAGUAUUCUGGAAAACUAAGGCGCCAAAAACAGUAUAUUAUUAUGUGAAUCUGUAAAAUAAAUAUAUCAUGGCAAAAGAAUAAAGACAUUUAACAAG